UAAACUAACAUGGACGCGUUAAAAUCAGCCGGCAGAGCGAUAAUCAAAAGUCCCGGAGUUCCGCGCCACACAUGGGGAACCGCCAAGCAUCAAAAGCUUUCAGAGAAUUGGACGGACACAAAAGAGACACUGCUGGAGGGCAUGGUGUUCAGUGUGAAGUAUCUUGGAAUGACUCUGGUGGGCCAGCCUAAAGGAGAGGAAAUGGCGGCUUCUGCCAUUCAUAGGAUUGUCACAACGGCUCGUGCCAGUGCAAAGAAGUUUCAGAAGGUGACACUCACGGUCUGCUCCAAAGGAAUCACCAUUACAGAUGCAGAUACCAACAACCUCAUUGAGAAUGUGUCUAUUUACAGAAUCUCUUAUUGCACAGCUGAUAAAACUCAAGAUAAGGUGUUUGCCUACAUUGCACAGAGCCAGUUCAACGAAACACUGGAGUGUCAUGCUUUCCUCUGCCAAAAGAAGAAAAUUGCUCAGGCAGUCACCCUCACAGUUGCUCAGGCUUUCAAAGUAGCUCUGGACCUCUGGGAGGUAGCACAAGAGGGAAACAAGCCUCGCACAUGUUGUUCCUGUUCAGGCAGUGACCCUCAGAUGGAAACAACAUCUCACUGUGCAUCAGAAGCUGAAAAAGCCAAGGUUCUAAUGGAGUACAAGCUGCGGAGGCCCUUACUUCUCUCAUCUAUUCAUUCACCAUCUCCACACAUCAGGCCGGUUAGAAGACUUCCAGCUAAACAUGACUCCUGGGAUGCAGAAGAAAGCCUCGACACAUCUUCGAGACUACCUGAAUCCUCCUCCAGAAUGAUAUCUGAGGAUGAAGCUGCCAGCAUAAUGAACAGGAACCUGACAUCUACCAGCAGUGAACAACCAGAUCAAACACUGUGA